ACAGAGCUUUUAAAAGCGUCUCAACAAUGAGUGACGGCGACGAAACUGUAUGCGAAGACGGUGAAGGUACAAUGUCGCCCUCAAUAAUGACAGCCAUAUCGAGGUAUUAGAAGACGUUGUUUACUUACGCUCAACAAACCCUUGCCCAAGUUUUAUGUUGAAAGUAGAUAUGUAAAGGCAAUGAGUUGUAAGAUUAGCUUAUGUCUCACCCUGACCCUAAAGUAAACUUAUUAAAAAAUGUGCUGAGUUAAGUUUAUACAGUACAGUACUUUGUAGCUUGAUAUUUGUGCAACAUUUUCAGAUUUAAAGAAUUUUGAUGCAAAAUUCUGAGAUACAUGUCAACAGUUUACAUGUAUCUUGUUCUUUCUUUUUUAAGGAAAAAUCCCUUGGAUCAUCUUCCAGUUCAUACUGAGAAUGGAUCUCCAGAAUUUCUUCCUCCAAAUGCAAAAGUGCAGAAAUUAGGCAAUGAGAAUACAGGUGCCGUACCCAGAGAGCAGGCCAAAACAUGUGCAUGUGAUCAGGAUCUACAAAGCUUGAAACCAGAUACUGCGUUCAACGCAGAAAAAACUGCGGCAGAGAGAUUAAAGGAAAUCAAGAAACAGGAGGGAAAAAUUGAGGAAUUGUUAUUGGUGCUCAAGGCUCAACUAAAAGGGGAAGGUAAAGUUGUCAAUGACUCACAAAAAAGAAUUAUGCUAGAUGUCAUCAUCUACUUUGCAAUCUCACGAAGCCUCGAACUACUAUUAUUUUAAUUCUCUUCGGCAAAAUUUUAAAGACAGAUGACUGUCUAAAAUGUUUUUCCUCAUGCAUGGCAGCAUGUCAUGAUUUUUAUCACAAUAGGUGUCUUUAGUACACAACAAGUUUCAUAUGAAAAAUGUGCUUUCAUUUAAAUGCAAUAAAAAAGGUAUAUUUUGACUUAAAUUUGAUUGAUGGAGAUCAUUGCAACAUCUGGUGGCUUUAAAGUUCACCAAAACUCACUCUUUGAUGUCAGCAAUGAACAGUAACAUUCUCAUUAAUUGUGAACUUCCAGAAAAUAUCCAUACCCCUCCAUGGAGUACAUUUUUGUUUAGACCCCCACAAUGAGGUCUAAAAUUGCCUCCUUUUAGACCACCCUCUUCUUGAAGUUUCCACUGCCCUCUGUGGGGGUAUGGAUAUUUUUGGAACUACACAUUAAACAAAGUCAAUUGCAGGUGCAUCACUAAAAGAAAGCCCAGUCUUUGCGCAAGCCAAACUUCUAAUGACACAGGUUAAAACUCAGUUGGCUGAGUUCACUGUCUAUCUGCAACAACAAAGACAGCAGAUUGCCCAGUACAGUAAUGAAUCACAGGAUACUCAUGAUGGCUCAGAAUCUCAACACACUUUUGACAUCAGACAAAAGAUACUUCAACUUGCUGCUCAACAAAAGGAGUUGUUAGCAUGCUUUCAGUGUCAUAAAAAGCUGCUGGACAAGAUGCGGACAUUGAAAAAGAGCACAAAGGCAAAUGCAAAGAACACUUUACCAGCAAUAGAAAAACAUGUAAGUUCUCAUUCAACCUCAACCUCACUUAACGUUUCAGUGUCAAAUCCAUCUGGAGUCACGGCACAUAAUUCAAGCAUGAUGGUCAAUAAGUCUAGGCAAGAUAAUAAACAGUCAGUCAAUGACAGUCAGCCUGCCCCACCUACAAGUACCCUCAAGCAUGCUAUGUUACAAAACAGUUCAGCUCUAACUAUGGAAAGUUCAUCUAGUGCUUCACAAACCAUGCUCUCAGAUAAACGCUCACAACUUCAACAAGCACCUUUAAGUUGUACUUCUGCGGCAGCUGAGAACAAUUAUUCAUCCAGUGAAACACAAAGUCAGAGUUUACUGACACCUUUAUCCAUGCCUCGACAAAGGGCUCAAAAUGUUGUCUUAACAGCAGGACAGUUUUUUCAAGUGGGGGACAAACAAGUGUAUGUGUUACCACAAGGCUUACUUUCAAGCGUUACAUCAGCAGCCGUGACACAGGUAACACAACCACAAGGAUUAAUUGCAACUACUGUUCAAUCAACAGCCAUGACACAGGGAAAGCAUCUUCAACAAAUAACACCAUCACUUCAUAAAACAACAGCAGCUGUAGCAACAAAGAUAGCAGUAACACCAGCAAAUCCUCUAAUGACAAGUGUAACAAAGGUGCAGUCAUCAGAAGGUUCUAGUCCCAGCACAUUAUUACUCAGAGGAUCAUCUUGUUGUAAGGAUCAAACAACACAAAGUUUACAUUCACAGCAGUCCAGUGGUAAUGCACUACCCGUUACUGGAACCAUACCUCUCACAAACAUUUCUGUCACAUGCUCUCCAUCAACCAGUAGGAUGUCAGCUAGCAGCAGUUCAACAUUGCAGCAAAAUAAAACUGUCUCUCAAACUUCCCAGUUGAGUAAUCAUGAAAACAAGCAAAUAACAUGUCCUGCUAACAGCACCACUUUCUCACCUGUGACAAAUGAAAACAACAGACCUCCACAAAUGCUAAGAAGUGCAAGAGUACAGACACCAUCCCAUAGGUGUUCAGGGCUGCAGAGCACAGUACAAGCCAACAGGUCAAUUACAUCCUUCACCUCUAAGGCCACUGUAAGUAGUAAUGCAUCUUCAGUCUUUGUUUCUGCUUACACCUAUGCACAUUAUAUUUCUUUCAACAUUGUAUCAUUUAUGAACUCACUCAUGUCUUACCCUUGUGAGGAAGAUGGGUUAUACUGGGGUUUUUGAUAACAUACCUGGUCCCUUAUCAGUUGAUUUUGGUACUUUUUGGCUUACUUAAAGUGACUGACUUUUGUUUCAGCUCCACAAUAUACAAAAGGGGAUGGUUUCAACAACUUUUAUUUUCCCACCCCCUAGUGGAGGAAUUCAGACACUUAAAUUUCAUAAUGUUUAUCAGGAGCAUUCUUUACUGAACAUGAAAAUAUUGUUGAUUCUUUUAACAGGAUGUUCAGUCCAAGAGCAGUCGAAGUCUACAGAGACAGAACUCCUUUGGUUCAGACCUGCCUGACAUUAAAAGUCUACUUAGUAGUAAUGUCAUUGAAGCAGGCUCAAAUGUUCUUUCCAUACAGUUUGAGGUAUACAUAUGAUCCUGCUUUGUGUAAGAUUUGUAUGAAGUAAUGAUUUUGAGAAAUGCUCUUAUGAUUAUCUAAGGCUCUCAAAAUAUAAGCUAUUUUAUUUUGUAAAAUUUGAAAUAAAAAAUGCCAAUAUUUCUGUAUCUCCUGUAUGACAUGAAUCUACAUAUUAUCAGUACCACAAUAACAUUUAACAAAUUCGCAGAAAUCUUUCAGAGUGACUUCUAAAGUAAUACCAGUGGUCAUCUUUAAAACCUACAUGUACUUUCCUCAAAAAAUCAGGGUUAUGUAGACAUCCAUAAACAUCCAGGUAAAGUUUUUUCCUUGAACUCUGCGGUAUUAUUAUUUAUCUCAAAAAUAAUUUUAAAAAAUUUCAUUUUGUCAACAGGGGAGAAAUUUUGAAGCAUCACUACGGGCAAAUGGCUUGAUAGAGUCGGCUGGAGGGGAGACAUUCCGAACACCAAUGGCAUGGAUGAGAGCAGUGACAGGGAGUUGGACAACUGUUAAGCAAUCACAAGCUUAUAAGAUGGUAAAAUACAUGUAUAAUGUAGAUACAAAUUAAUAUCACAGUGGAACCUCUUCUUACAGCUGCUAUUAAAGCAUGGACAACCAUGAUUAUGGAAAGUUAUCCUUGGACACUUUUGAAGAAAUUCAUUAGGCCAGAAUAGUCAAAAAUUAAGACAGUCAAAUUCUUUACACAUACAUGUAGCCAAAUUUUAUCUUCAAGAUAUUAAGAGCCCAUGACUGUAAAUAUCGAGAAUCGCUGGCCAGGCUAAAAAAAUCGAAAAUUCUGAUAACUUGUCCGAAAAACCCCUUUGGGGAACUGUCUUCGAAAAAAAUAUUUUCAACUUUCAAGAAUCUAUAGUUUUCGAGAAAAUGAGCAAAACCGAAAAUAGCGGUUUUUACCUAAUUAAUUAUGCAAAAAUUAGAGUAAAAAUGACCUACUUUAUCGCGUCUGUACCGAGACAAGAUUCAAAGCUAUAAAAUAAAAAUAUUUUUGUUUAAAAGAAUUCUAUCUUUUCUUUCUAUCCAUAGUAUGUUUUAGACCAUAAACAUGAUUUUGAAUUUUUUACAGUUUUUUAAAAACCACCACUAAGCGCACUUUUUAAAAUGGCUAAAACAUGAGCAACUUCAGAGGCAAAAAAUUCACCUUGGUAUGUGUGAUACCUAGCCAAAAUGUAUACUAGGACAAAAUUCAGCUCUUAUGUUAACAGAGUAUGAAAUAAAAAAUCUGGGUACUCCGGAUUCGCCUUUACAAAAUAAAAAGUUUCGUGACCACCAGUGGCAAAAUGUCACAAAUUUGCAUAAGUCAAAUUUGUAGAGAAAUGAUGCCGCCUGAUUUUUCUUUGUAGUUUCGGUACGUGGUAUAUUCGAAACGUAGGAGAAAGGAUGAAAGCGCCUUUAAAUAAAGCUAAAAUUAAGUAAAGGAUCUGAAAAACUGAUGUCCUUGAUAACAAAUUGCUCUGAAGGUUGGUGACACAAUGUGGCAAAUUUGCAUAUAAAUGAAUCUCAUAUUCCUAUUGUACACAAGGACGGGUUUUAAUACAGUUAGCAUCACGCAAUAUUUGAGGCUUGAACAUAACCAAGAGAAUAGCUAAUGUUAAAUGUUUUGUAAUUUGUAUGUUAGCUUUUCUUAAUUGUACAUUAUAAAAUUAAGGUUGCUCAGCAAUUGUUGUUGGUUGUUGGAGUACUCACUGUAUUCUGCAAUUGCGUGACCGUUGUUAAACUCAGCACAGUCAGACUUAAUUUUACCGGUACGAUAAAAAAUGUGAGUUUGUGAAGCGUGUAAAGAAAUAUUAUUCCUGUCAGAUGACUUAACUUUACUUUAUUCACCAGAAUGAAAUUCGCGGUCAUACAUCUUUCUUGGAGUGGGCACAUGCUUUUAUGGUUCAUUCGUCACUCAUUUUAGACGAUUUGCCAUUAAUAACACUAUACAUCAGACCCUAUAAGUUUUCAAUCAAUAAAAAUCCGAAAUAGUUUAUUUUCUCAGUAGUUUUUUAAAGUUAUGUUUUGGUGAAAUCGUCUCGUGUAUUAAAAAUAACGUAAGUAAAGACAAGGUUAAAGUAAUCAUUGCUCCCUUUUCUCUCUUUUAUGAAAUUCUUCCGCCUCCUCUUUCUGCCUCUUCACUAUUCGUGCGUUCAACACUAUUAAGUCCAGACACGAUUUCCAACACCCAAAGAUGGUCAAAGAUCGCAGAGUAGACCGACCCGUAAUUGUGCCAUUGAUUAGUUGAAACCUUCAUUGAACGGACCUUCAUGGAUCCUUGCAAUUGUCCUCUCAAUAGAAAAAGUAAAUCAGAUGGAGGGAGUACUGCCGACACUGGGGUCGUUUUGGUGUUUUUUUUUUUUAACAAUGAAUAUCCUUCAUGAACCCAUUUAGCUUUCCAUUUAUUCACAAAGGUUAUAAACUGAUCAAAAUCAACAAGGAUGGAUUUUUCCACUGGUACCUCAUUUAGCAAAUUUUCACCUAUCCUCAUGUAUCUUGAGAGAGUUACACACACACAAAAAGCAAUAUUUGGGGUAAAAAAAUCUACUUCCCAUUUUUCUAUUCACCUUCUAUUCUCCACAGAUUAAUUAAAUGUCCCUUUCCUGAAAAGUUAGCCAGCCAAAAUUCCUUGCAAAACAAAGACAGUGGGAAGACGAUCAAGUGCUGGAGCAACAGAAGAAGAAAGUCAAAGGGAGAAAAGAGAGCGGGAGAGAAAGAUCGAUAUAGGUUCGUAAGAGAUGUCCAAAGUUUGGCUUCUGUGAAUGCGCCAAAAAAGCUUCUAAAUUAGUGUACGUCCAAUUGAGCAGUCUUGUGUUGCAAAUCUCUUUUUCAGCCAUUCCCACAUCAAGUUAACUAGCUAGCCUGCAUAACAGGCGUGCGUUUUUCAGGCGAGGGAAGGCAAUUGAGCCCGACCCAGAUCGAAUGCAAGCGCGAAGCGAGUGAGGAGAACCAUUAAGGGUAUGUCUGGGGUGGAAUGCAACAAAACAAUGGUAUGUGGACAGGCCAUUGUUUUCUCUGCUUCCCCAUCGCCCCUGUCUGGCGCUUCUCACUCACUAGCGCUUGCCUUCGCUCUCCCGCCAAAACGCGAAAAAAAUAACGUCUAUUAUCGUCUAUCAAAAGGCUAUCGUAUUAACGUCUAUCAAAAGGCGGGGUUUUUUCCUACUAAAAUUGGCCGCCAAAAAGACUUAAAGGGGCUAUGCCAAUUGCUAGUUCAUUUUAAAAAGCUAAUAUGGUCUUUAUUUCGCAUCAAUUUGUUCCAAAAACUAUGGUCCAGUUUUGUUAUGUAAGACUAUAUUUAGGCACUGAAACUGUUUCGCAUAUGACCUUGAUUUGGGGUCUUCUCAGAGGGAGCCCAGAACCCCCGCCUCAUACAUCGACAAUCUGUAACCAGCUGUUCUCAUGUUUAUUUCCUACGGGUGUAUAAUAUUAGAUACUGUCCAAACUUAAGGACACUGUAAUGAGAGGGCCUGCUGCUAAGAGGGAAAUAUCUAAAUAUUGGAUUUUUUUUGCCUGGUAUCACAAAUGCCAAGAGCGAAAAUUUUCAGGGUCAAAAUUCCAAACCAAAGAAAAAAUGUUCUUUCGUAAUUUUUUUUGGUAACGGCACAUGUUAUUCAGCAAUUAAAUAGCCCCCACCCCCCUCGCAUAUGCCAUAGCUAAACAUCAAUUUAAGAGCAGUUUAUCGCAUAACUCUUCUUUCCCUUUGUCUGAAGUUCUUUCCUUCUUUACUUUGGGAAAUGGUUGGGCGUAAAUAAAACCGCCGAUGCCACUUACUUACCUCGCUAUGUUAUUUAGCUCCUUGGUCGCUAUCCCGGGGGGGGCACUUGGGUAUUUUUCGGGUGGGUAUGUGCCGCCCGGGACUCCAAAUUGGCACCCCGUUCUAAAAAAAAUUUCUCCUGAAAUUGAUACCCCGUUCUAGAAAUGGGCCAAUUUUUUAUACCCCGUUUUAGAAUUCGCUUUAAAACUGAUACCCCGUUCUAGAAAUGGGCCAAUUUUUUAUACUCCGUUCCAGGGUGCAACAAGAGUAUAACAGUUUGCUUGUUAACGCAUUGAACCGUAUUUUUAAAAGCAAUCUGUCCUUGAAUAAUUUCAAAUGGCUGCUUACAAAAGUGGAGCUUUCGUGCGUUCGAAAUAUUAUACCCCUUUCUAGAAAUAGCUUCUGAAAUGGAUACCCCGUUCUAAACCAGGAGCUUCGAAAUCCCGACCCCGUUGGGCGGCACAUACCCGUAUAGGUAAUGUAUGGGAGUGCCCCCCCCCGGGGUCGCUAUCAACUACCCUGCGAGCGGAGGCCCUUCGAUGUUCCUGAUAAGUCGGGAAGAGGAAGAGAAGGGUAGCUAACAACUUAACAGUGAUUCGAUCGGUCGUUUCGGUGUGAAGGCACGAGCUGGGACAUUGCGGGUACAGUGACGUUAAUACUCCAGAGCAAAAGGCAGGUAUUUCUUUAAACAAAACUCGGGUCUGCUGUAAACUGAAAAACGUAAUCAAGUUACGCUUUUACUCUAUAUACUAACCGGGCAGUAAGGCGACGCUACUUACGUCGAUACAAGUCUGUUGCUGCAUAUUGCGAUAGGCCAUGGGCGUCAAGGAUGACCUUUCUGAUGCUUCUCUUUUCAAGAUGAUGCUACGUUUUGCAAGCACUCGACAUGGGUGGGAGUUGGUUAGAGCAGCUGAAAAGUGGUGAACAAGGAGUCUUACCUUCCAUGGACAAAUCCAAGUCGCAUCGCCGUAAAAGGGAUUUACUCUUUUAGAGUACAGUUGAUCCUCCAAGUGCUAGUACCUACCUUAAGCGACCACCUAUCCAAAACACCAAAACCCACCUGGUUUAAGUCUUACAGUUGGAAUCCCUUUUGUAAGCGCCCGCGACCACUAAUUGGGGCCGACUGUUUAAUGAUUUUGCAUUGUUUUUAACCUCUUGUAAGCGACCACCUGACGAGUUUUCUGAUCUCUUGUGGUAGGAACAACAACAUGUAACUGCACAUAUGUUAUAUCGUAACUUGGAAAUUGCAUGCAAUAAAUUAUCUUCCUUAAAGUAGAUGUGUCCAGUUUUCUUCUCAAAGAAUCCUCCUGUGGUUCGAUUCUCGUAAGAGACCACCUCGCGUUAGCGACCACUAAGUCUUCGCAUUUUGGGUGGUUGCUUUCGGUAGGUUCGACUGUAGUCUCCUUUUCCAGUUCUUCGGCGGCGUCGGUUGGAACUUGUUUUGGUUCAUGGGUUUGGCGUAUAGAUUUACCCACUAAGGCGCUGCUACAUUAUAUUUUGAAAUCAACAAAUAUCAUUUUGUAUUUGAAGGAAAACGCACGCCCCUUGGCAGUUGGUACAACUCCGCGAUGAACUAAAAGGGGCAGUUUUUUGCGGGAAAGAGGGCCUAAGGCCUUUGGUAGCUGCCUAAUUAUACCUCUAUUUGUGAAAAAAGUAAAGAAAUUAACCAAGGGACGGUUUGUUGUUUGUAAUACGUAGUAAAAAAAAUCAGAUUUCAACAUCUCUGACAAGAAAAUGCUAAGUUUUAGUGCGUGACUGACAGGCAUGCAAAGCUAGAAUUCCUUAUUUCUGAAAAGAAAAUAAUCUAGUGAGAAACAAGUGAUGUUGCGAACAACGCAUUGUCUGUUCAAAACAAAGUUUCCAUAAAAUUUCAUAAGGAGAAAAAAAUCAGUAAAAGAAGGCGGAGUUGCUCGAGACGUCGUUGCGUGACAUUGUUAGUCUAACUGUUCGGUUUAUGACUUCCUCUCACGCUGUGCAUCCCGUUGGCAAAAAACCUCCUUCAAAAUAAAUUUCAAGGAAAAAGUACCUACCUAUUUUAGAUAUACCGGAGGCGAAUUUACGAUGAUACAGAUGGAUGCUAAUACAAGGAUGUUAGGAAAAGAAACGAGAGACAUGGGAUAUAGUUUACAUAAUAAUUCGGCGCUUUUCAAUAUAACGCUUCUUGGAGGUAGUUUUUUAUUAUUAUUUUUUGUGAAUGGUUAAUUACUCUGAUAUUUUAACAUCAACUUUAUCAAAAACCGUUUUCUUGCUUCGUGAUGUUUUCGAAUAUUAUAUACUGACCCUGAACUGAAACAAAACCGGCUGCCGCAACAACUCUCUACAAAUUUGACUUAUGCAAAUUUGUGACAUUUUUCCACUGGUGGUCACGAAACUUUUUAUUUUGUUAAAGCGAAUCCGGAGUACCCAGAUUUUUUAUUUCAUAUUCUGUUAAUAUAUGAGCUGAACUUUGUCCUAGUAUACAUUUUGGCUAGGUAUCACACAUACCAAGGUGAGUUUUUUGCCUCUAAAGUUGCUCAUUUUUUAGCCAUUUUUAACAGUGCCAUUGAUGGUAGUUUUUCAAAAACCAUAAAAAAUUCAAAAUCAAGUUUAUGGUUGAAAACAUACUAUGGAUAGAAAGAAAAGAUAGAAUUCUUUUAAACAAAAAUAUUUCUCUUUUAUAGCUUUGAAUCUUGCCUCGGUACAGACGCGAUAAAGUAGGUCAUUUUUACUCUAAUUUUUGCAUAAUUAAUUAGGUAAAAACCGCUAUUUUCGUUUUUGCCCAUUUUCUCGAAAACUAUAGAUUCUUGAAAGUUGAAAAUAUUUUUUUCGAAGACAGUUCCCUAAAGGGGUUUUUCUGACAAGUUAUCAGAAUUUUCGAUUUUUUUAGCCUGGCCAGCGAUUCUCGAUAUUUACAGUCAUGGGCUCUUAACAAUCUUAAUAGCUGUAAACCAUCUUUGCACGCUUGAAAGCUGUCUCAAAAUGGCUGCACCACUACUUUGAGAAAGACAGUUGACAACUAUGGAAAGUGUCAACAUCUUAAAGCAAAAAAAAUGGCUUUAACUUUUUAUGUGAAACGUUUUGCAAUAAUGUGAAAACAUAGCUCUUAGUCUGUCUCUUUGGUGUUGAUGUCAAGGAGUUUCAUUAUAAUCUGUGUACCAGCUGAUCAGUUACCAGAGAGUUGGUGGUUUAAUUUCCUACAAUGUUUUUGUGGGCAAAUCACAAUCUUAUUUUUCCUGUCACUCCUGUGCAUGACUACUAUUUAGUAUCUUGCAUCACAUUGUUAAACAUCCGAGGUUAUUAUAUGGCUACAAUAGUACGCGCACUCUGAUUGGUUGCUAAGUGAGCAUUAUUUCUUUGUAAUGACCGGGCAUUAUUCACAAGCUGUUCAAGGUAUAUACAGCGAACAUUUGAUAGCGAAGAUCCAUGUUAUGGUCAAUUGACAGCUGUCAAAAAGGGUAUCCCCUGACCAGUGUCACAUGACUAUAUCACAGACUCAAGUGUACAACUCGCUGAGGUGAUCUUUUUUUUUUUUAAGUUAUGCACUCACCAAUUAUUGAUUUUUAUUGAUCGCAGGCUCAAUUACUUCCGGUGUUUAAUAUCAAUAGUACUAAAAAGGCCAUAUGAUAAAAAACUUUUGAACCUCAUCCAUUCGGUCAUUACAGGGAAUUCUCAGACCCCGGCCUAUCCUUACUCUUGGUUGAUAAGUGGUAUGUUAUUCUUAACCUUGAGGUAUAAGCGGAUUAUGUCCCCAAUUUCCUUUUUUGAUGAGCUCUUUUUGACCUGCUUUACCAUAUUUUUUUAAGGUGCACUAUAAAGGAAAGCCCCUUGCUUUGUUCACAAUCCCAUCCAUGGAGAAAGGUAUUGCCAAUAACUAAACUUGCAGGCUUCUCUUUUGGGCUACUUUUUACUAAUGGAACAGUUAUUUGAAAAGAAGUAUGAUUGCUCUUUGCAUUCACAGUUAAAUUUAUUUUAAAUCAUACUUUCAAACUUAAGAUUACUCUUACAAAAUUAAGCCAAAUUAUUCUAAUUCAUGAUAUUUUUUUCUUUCUUCAUGUUUUAGGAUGCUUUCCACGACACAACAAAAAUAAUAAUUAUAGCACUAAGUUAUGAAUUUUAUAGUUAGUGAUACUCUUAUACAUUUUCAAAGUUAAGUUAAAUAUUUUUUCAUUUUUUUUUAUUACUAUUGUUUAGAACCUUGUGAAAGAAAUGAGCUACAAAAUGAGGGCAGGGCACAAGAUCAACAAGGCAAACCCAGCAGACAUGAAAAAAGUGGGCUUAUCACAAGUUGGGAUGAUAUGGCCCAACUUCUUACUACUUGCCAAGUAAUACCAAUCAGUAGUGAUGAAUUUAUUCCAACAGACAGCUAUUUUCCAGUUAAUUUCUGGGACAUGUCAUGUGAGGUAGAUAUACCACAAUGUGUCUUAGAGGAACUGAAUUUUUGA